AUGUCGCGGGGAAGAUCUGAUGGGAGCCCAAAGAAACGUUUGGUCACCUCAGUUCUAGUUUUGGUGGCCAUUUGUGGUCUCCUGUAUUUGUAUUCUAAAAGAAAUGGUUCCUCUGCGCUGGAGUAUGGCAGUAAAAUAAGAAAAUUCGGCUCUACUUACUUGGGCGUGGAUGAAGAUGUUGAGGAGUCACCUUCCAGACUUGGUGAAGAUGAAGAGGAUGGUAUUAUAUUGAAGAGCAUACCGGUUUGUGAUGAUAGACAUUCAGAACUCAUUCCUUGCUUAGACAGAAACCUUAUUUACGAAACAAGAUUGAAGUUGGAUCUGUCUGUGAUGGAGCAUUACGAGAGACACUGCCCACUGCCUGAAAGGCGAUAUAAUUGUUUGAUUCCACCUCCACCUGGAUAUAAGAUCCCAAUCAAGUGGCCUAAAAGCAGAGACGAGGUGUGGAAAGCAAAUAUACCUCACACGCAUCUUGCAACUGAGAAGUCUGACCAAAAGUGGAUGGUUGUCAAAGGUGAAAAGAUUGGAUUUCCUGGAGGAGGUACUCACUUCCAUUAUGGAGCUGACAAGUACAUUGCAUCAAUGGCUAAUAUGCUCAACUUUCCUAAGAACAUUUUAAAUAAUGGAGGAAAGGUCAGGACAGUCCUUGAUGUUGGCUGUGGUGUUGCUAGUUUCGGAGGAUACCUGCUUUCUUCAGAUAUUAUUGCAAUGUCCUUGGCACCUAAUGAUGUUCAUCAAAAUCAAAUCCAGUUUGCAUUAGAGAGAGGGAUUCCUGCAUACCUUGGUGUUUUGGGGACCAAGAGACUCCCUUAUCCUAGUAGAUCUUUUGAACUGGCACAUUGUUCUCGCUGUAGGAUUGAUUGGCUUCAAAGGGAUGGGAUACUUCUCCUUGAGUUGGAUAGGGUACUGAGACCAGGAGGUUAUUUUGCCUACUCGUCUCCUGAAGCCUAUGCACAGGAUGAAGAGGACCUGAGAAUAUGGAAAGCGAUGAGUGAGCUUGUGGAACGGAUGUGUUGGAAAAUAGCUGCUAAAAGGAACCAAACUGUUAUUUGGGUCAAGCCAUUGACUAAUGACUGUUACAUGGAAAGAGCGCCUGGUACUCGACCACCCCUCUGCAGAUCAGAUGAUGAUCCAGAUGCUGUCUGGAAUGUGAAAAUGGAGGCUUGUAUCACACCAUACUCUGACCAAAACCAUAGAGCAAGAGGAAGUGGUUUGGCUCCUUGGCCUGCUCGAUUGACUUCACCACCUCCCCGUCUUGGUGAUUUCAGCUAUUCUAAUGAUAUAUUUGAAAAGGACAUGGAAGUUUGGCAGCAAAGAGUUGACAGUUACUGGAAUCUUUUGAGCCCAAAGAUCAAUUCUGACACACUGAGGAAUGUGAUGGACAUGAAGGCAAACUUGGGUUCAUUUGCAGCUGCUUUGAAGAACAAAGAUGUUUGGGUUAUGAAUGUGGUGCCAGAAGACGGACCCAACACACUUAAAAUAAUAUAUGACAGAGGGCUGAUAGGCACAGUACACAGUUGGUGUGAAGCUUUCUCAACCUACCCACGAACCUAUGAUCUGCUUCAUGCAUGGACUGUCUUCGCUGAUAUUGAAAGGAAAGGAUGCAGUGGCAUAGAUUUGUUGAUUGAGAUGGAUCGCAUCCUCCGGCCCAAAGGUUUUGUUAUUUUCCGUGACAAGCGGAAGGUGGUGGAGUUCAUAAACAAAUAUAUGAAGGCAUUACACUGGGAAGCAGUGGCCACUGCUGAUGCCGAGGGAGGCUCUGAACAAGAUGAUGACGUAGUGUUUAUCGUCCAGAAAAAGAUUUGGCGUACAAGCGAGAGCUUUAGGAAUGUAGAAUAG